AUGGCUCGACUGCUGAAGAGCGACAGGACGCCGGAGCAGAGGGUGAGGCGCCUCAGUUUCAAGACUAGGGAAAGAAAGGCAGUCAGGACGGUAAGGGUAGUGGCUGGGAGUGUAACGGACAUAGCUUCCAAGUUCAACGCAGUCGUAGUAGAGGAUCAAGAACGAGGGAUUGCUCUUCUGAAGAAGUUGCAAACCCACGAGCAGGGCUCGGUUCGAGCGGCCGUCCAGAAGUUCGAAACGAUGCAAGGGCAGAAAGUGGUCUUGGUCCGGAAGAACUCUUUGCCCCCAGAAGUUAAGGAGGAGAAGAUCAAGCCCAAGGUUCACCCGAAGCCGAAGACGAUUGACCGGAAGACAUCCAACAAGUAUGUCACCAAGGACUUGAGGGAGCUGGUCGGCAAAGACAGGAAGUUCAGCCUACCAAAGACUCUGAUAUUGGAUGAAGUCCUCAACGAAACUCUUGAAGAAAGUGAGCCCUCUAAAAGUUUGACAUCUAAUGAAAAAGGAAGAUCAGAGAAUUCCACCAUGAAUCCAGAAAAAACAGAAUCAAUCAAGAAUGAAAAUAAAAUUACCUCACCAAAAGGUUCAAAGACAAAAAUUUCAGAAAAAAAUAAAGGUAAAGUAAACGAAGUCAAAUCCAAACUUUUUGGAUCAGAGAAAGAAAAUAAUGCCGCAUCAUCCGUUUUAGAACCAACUGAAGUUCAAACUCAUUCUAGUGAAGAAGAAUAUGUAAAGUCUGAUUUAUAUUUGGAAGUUAUUGAAGAUACUGAACUUAGAUCUUCUGUUACCUUUGAGCCAAAGAUAGUCCCUCCCCCGACCAUAAUUGUUACCAAACCUAAGAGUCCUGACAACGAAACAACGAAAGGUACUGAAGAAUUCGUCAAAAAUAGGAAGCCCAACAGGUCUUUUCUCUGGAGCACAUCAGAAUCUAAACAAAACGAGAAGCACACCCCUGAAAGUCCAGUUGAUGAAGUGAAAACUGUCAUAAAAGAAAACCAAGUUUCUAAUACAGAGUCUGAAACUACUGUGAAGGAAGCCGAGGUUUUCAUUGUGAGCUCUCAACCUACUAGUGAUCGGUUAGUAGAGGACAAAGAGAACUUGGAGAAGCUAGAGACUCCCGUUAUCCGGAAGGUCGACAAAAAAGGAUACGGGAAGAUUAAAAUCCUUCCUAACUCCUCGUCACUCUACCGUAAUAUACUUAGGCAGAGUCUGAUCGAGGAGCUGAAGGAGAAGCAAGAAGGGAAGACCAUUCUGAAGGAUAGGAGUGAGAACGUUCCUUCGGAAGAACACCAGUACAAGAACCUACCCGGUCAGCAGGAUACUUACGAGUACGUCAGUCAGGACACAUAUGAGAUCAUCGAGAACAACUAUGACGAGAUAGGUGAAGAGGCCAUCUACGACGAUGUGCUCAACACCAACACAGACCAAAUCUACGAGAGCAUCUACAACGGGAGGCUACAAGGGGACUCAGACAGUUCUUGCGAGCAGAGCAACAGCCUCUACGAUCUAAGGCCAACUUCGAGGGCGUCAUCUGGUUCUGGAGCGAGAGGUAGUGGAGCAAGCAGGAGUGAUACCAGUGAAGACUGGGUCGACAUUGAGCUGGACAGUGCCGAAGAGAUGAAGCAGCAUAUAUUCCUUAUCCAAGCGGGUCAGAAGAGGAGCUGUGGCAGUUGGUCCCAGAAGGUACGAAGACAGUGGUCAACGAGGAAGUGCCACGUCGGCCCACACCAUGUCGCCAUAACUUCGCCUUCCAUAUUGUACCUAAAGUACGACGACACCUCCAACUUCGAACCGGAUCCCAACAGGGCUGUUGUAGAUCCUUCUCCACUGAAGACGCUCGGACUCGUCUCUCUUAGGGAGGUUUGGUUUUCAGGGAACAAAUAUGAAGUUCAAGAAGUUACCAUUUAUAUAUUGAACAAAGAGGACUCAGAUAGCUCAAGCAAGCAUUAUGAACUAGUGGAAAAUCUUGAUGACGAUUCAGCCCUCUGCGAUGAUUUUGAGGAUUCAUCCGAUUCUGAAUUCUCUGUCGACAACAAUGAAAAACCUUACCGCAAUGAGCAGCAGAGACUUCCAGAAGUUAGUCAAAGUGAUGGAAUCUACAGUCUGAUGAAGGAGGCAGGGAAGAGGAUGAGGAAGACCUCUUCGACUAUUGGCAAAAGUCUGAGAAAGAUCAGUAGAAUAAGCAAAACAACUUCAGCCCAAGACAUCUUCAAUGGAACUAAUGGGAUGAUGAGUAGAGGUAGAUGGCCUUCGUUUAGGAAGAAGAACUCAUUGCCGACUACAAAGUCCACCUUCUAUUUGACGGACAGUAGUAUCAGUGUGACAAGUACGGAGAGCACCAACAGCAUAAAGACAACUGAGCAUUCUUCAGUCCCUCCACCGAGGCCACCACCGCCCAACCUUGAUCCUCGCAGGCUUAGCCUUUCGACGAGACCUACCUCUCCUCCUCCACCACCACCUCCUGCAGCUGUCAAUGGAACAUCUGCUAAUGAUGCUAAAGGGACAUCCAAUAAAACAAUGAAUGACACAUCACUUUAUAUUGAAUCUGGUCUAUUUGAACAAAAUGCUGCCAACCAAAUAUCAGGUGACAGUAUGAACAGGCGAGCCCACGGCAACAGUUGGUAUUCUGAUAUAGGACUUUAUGAGAACAGUAAGCCUUCCGACACCUCUUCUGAACAUGGUUCUAGCCAGGGGUCAGACUUGGAUCUUAGGUUUGCAGACGAGCCAUUAUACCAAUUCUACAAUGAACGUGUAGCUAAGAGAGAAUUAGCCGAAGAUGCUUCUGAAACUGGCUAUGAAGAAAUAGGAGAGAACAGGACCCUAACUGCAAGCAGACCAUCAGCACUGGAAUUGGUCAGUCCUGAAAUGCAAAGGACGCUUUGGUGCCAUGUACCACAAGUUAUAGACUCGGGCAUUCUAGAUAGCCUGUCACCAGAACAAAAGAGACUUCAGGAAGCCAAGUUUGAAGUUGUGACCUCUGAAGCUUCUUACUAUAAAUCUCUUGUGAUUUUGGAGAAACAUUUUGCUUCAAGUCCACUUCUUAAAGAUGAGUCUGUUCUCCCAAAAGGGCAUUACAAGACUUUGUUCGGUAAUGUUGCUGCUGUGCGGAAGUGUUCUGAAGAAGUGUUAGCAGCAUUAGAGAAGUGCUGGCAGGAAAGCAUUUUGCUUGAAGGUUUGUCAGAUGUUAUCAACAAAGUGGCUGAAGAACACUUUUCAGCCUAUAUCAAGUACUGCAAGCAUCAGCAAGCCAUUGAAAAGACAAUUAAGACUUUGAAGAAAUCAAACCAGGCUUUCUCAGAUGCUUUAGACACAUUGCAAAAAUCACCCAAAUGCCACAACUUGACUUUUUACUCCUUUGUAUUGCUGCCGAUGCAGAGGGUCACCAGGAUGCCACUGUUACAAGAUGCCAUCCUCACCAAGUUGACUCCCUCCGAUCCAGAGUAUGAGUCCUGUCGUCUUGCACUUGCUAGACUCAAUAAGAUUGUCCAUGAUUGUAAUGAAGCUGCAAGGCAGACCGAGCGAAUGGAAGAGAUGGCGUUAUUAUCCAGGUCUCUACAAUUCCCGCCUGAGGUGCGACCACUACCUCUGCUGUCUGCCAGUCGAUGGUUGGUGCGCAGUGGAGAUGUCAGCCAGAUAUCCCUCGAAUCUCGGACAACAUUCAGCAGGAGGCUUACUGCUCCUCGUACUGUCAAGCUGAGACUCUUCCUCUUCACUGAUUAUUUGGUCAUAACCAAGAGGAAAGGUGAUGAUACAUUCUCUGUAGUCACUUAUUGUGAAAGAAACCUGGUUCAGAUGUCAGAUGUUGAAGAGGCCUUCUCAAACAAGUUUCUUAUCAUGCUAACUCUUCUCAAGAACCAUGAAGGAAAGACACAAGAGAUGGCACUUUGCUGUGGAGGAGAGAGCUCCAGGGCGAGAUGGAUCUCUGCCAUGUCCCCACCUGCUCCAACAAACCCUGGGGAGAGACUUUAUGAAGAUUGGGAUUGUCCACAGGUGUUUGUGCAGCAUGCCUACCUUGCAGUUCAACCUGAUGAAUUGUCACUUCAGUAUGGAGAUGUUAUUAAUGUCCUGAGGAAGACUGAUGAUGGUUGGUAUUAUGGUGAACGGAUGAGAGACAGCGAAAAUGGUUGGUUUCCUGGCAAUCACACUGUUGAAAUCCCAUCUUCCCAUGUUCGUGCACGUAACUUGAAGCAAAGAUACAGACUUCUGGCUCUAUCGAGUUCAUUUAUCCAGAAGCAACAAAUAAGCAAGCUUAGUUUAACAUAG